CCUUCCUCCCGAUUCCUUGCAAACGAAUCAUGGCCCGGCCUGGAUCUAGAAGAUUCUUUUGUAACUUGAGUCGCUUAGACGUCCGCUUUCAGGUUGCUUUGACUAACAUCGGGACAAUGCGCCUUUGAUAGGUGUCGUCAAAGCGCAUAACAACUCUCAACUAUAAAAUGACCCAGACUCUCGUGCGAAUCUUAGCACUACAAGACCGAACUUUUCGUGCACCGAGCGCCAGCACCAGCUCCAUUGCCAGCUCUUCCAGCAUUCCCAAGAACUUCUCAUUCAAGAAGAUUGGCCAGAUAUCUAGCAAGGCAGUCGCGGCAAAGACACACGGACAGCGCAAACAAGCGGCCAAGCUGGCCGCCUCAAGCUCCCGCGGCAAGCUCCGUCGCGCAGAAUCUGCAACAUCCAAGGCGAUGACACUUUCAUUCACCCCCAUGACCACGGGAUGGGUCUUUGUUGGCAAUCUCCCACCAGCGGCCACCGCGCGGGCUCUCAAGCGUUUCUUCUCCGAAGUCGCUGGCCCGGUCAAAGACGUUACCAUUCGCUACAGUGGGGCAGGAGACAAGGCAGGCACAGCUGCAACUCCGAAAUAUCGCUACGCCGUCGUCGUCUUUGAUGGUGAUGCGGAAGAAUCUGCAAACUCAGCAAAUCGUGCAGUGUUGCAGGACGGAGCCAUUAUCACUGGAGAUGAAAGGUUCCAUGGAUUCCGGCUUGUGGUCACAGACCAACCAGCCGGUCUGCCCGACGUCAAUCUGGUUGCCAAAAGUGCUGGAAUCAGCGAUAGACAGGAAAUGACACUUUUCGCGGGCCUCCCGCGGCACAAUCCUAAGCUCGUUCCGGGGGCUGAAACCGCAGCUGGUCAUGUCGUUGGGAAUGAAGGACCCGCAAACGGUAAAACCGUCAACAAAACCCAAGUCUGGGACCCACGCAGCCUCGCCAAUCUUGUGCAGCGCGAAGCAUCGCGCUUGGACCGCCGGAAGGAGAAGAAGGACCAAAAGUGGCGACAGCUGACGAAGCUUGAGGAGGGCGACGAGAACUCUGUUCAUAUGGUCAAGUUCCCGGUCGGUGACAAGGGGAAGGGCAAAGCAGCUCCCCAGAACACUAUGUUCGUUGGCGGACAGCGCUUUACACUUACUCCGGUACUUUAG